CCCAUUGGCGAUUGGGGACCCCACCCUUCCCUUCAUACUACUCCUCCUUUGUUCGUAUUUUGUCCAAAGCAAACUUCAUUAAUGCUUUUAUUUUUCUUCCUAAAACCAAGUUGAAUAUUCUAAGUCCUCCAAAACCCCUCGUGGACUUAGAAUUUACGAUAAUCUGCUCCCCAAAUUCAACUCCAUUUUUCAUUUACGGAAUUUAUCGACGAUGGUAUCGGAGGAGAGAGCUUGAAUAGCAGCUUUUUUUUUUCCUUUUUUUUUUUUUUUUUUUUUGGGGGAUUUAGUUGACCUGUGUUUUAUAUUUUUCUCGACGUUUCUUUCUCUUUCUCAUCCACUUUUCCGGGAAAGUUAGAUAGUUUGUGAGAUGGGUAUACUCACGAAUUUAAGAGGGUCGAGAACGGGGACGACCCAGGAAGGUAUACCCAUCUCUAAUGGGGUUUCAACGGUGAGCAAGAGGAAAUGGUCCAAUCUGAUGCCUCUGUUUGUAGCCUUUGUGGUUAUAGCAGAGAUCGGGUUUUUGGGUCGGCUUGACAUGGCGAAGAACGCCGCUCUAGUUGAUUCUUGGACCGACUUGUUCGCUCGUUCUCCACCGUCCCAUGAAGUGGUUCAUGGGGUUGAUGGUUUGGGGUUGGGACUAACGGGUGGUGGUGAUCGGAGUUUGGAAUUGGAGAGUUGUGAGGACUGGUUGGAAAAAGAAGAUGCUGUUGAGUAUUCAAGGAAUUUUGACAAGGAACCCAUUUUGGUUUCUGGUGCUGAGCAGGAGUGGAGAUCAUGUUCCGUGGGAUGUCAUUUUGGGGUUGAUGCUGGUAAGAAACCUGAUGCCGCUUUUGGCUUACCUCAACAAGCUGGAACAGCUAGUGUCCUCCGAUCAAUGGAAUCGGCUCAAUACUAUGGAGAGAACAAUAUUGAUCAGGCACGACGAAGGGGGUAUAGUGUUGUUAUGACAACUAGUCUCUCAUCAGAUGUUCCUGUUGGAUACUUUUCCUGGGCUGAGUAUGAUAUUAUGGCACCAGUGCAGCCAAAGACUGAGAAUGCCCUUGCAGCUGCGUUUAUUUCCAACUGUGGUGCUCGCAACUUCCGGCUGCAAGCUCUUGAAGCACUUGAAAGGUUAAAUGUCAAGAUAGAUUCUUAUGGUGGUUGCCAUAGGAACCGUGAUGGAAGAGUGGAUAAAGUAGGAGCCCUGAAGCACUAUAAAUUUAGUUUGGCCUUUGAGAAUUCCAAUGAGGAGGAUUAUGUCACUGAAAAAUUUUUCCAGUCCCUUGUUGCUGGAUCUGUCCCUGUUGUUAUUGGUGCUCCAAAUAUUGAAGAGUUCUCACCUGCUCCUGGUGCGAUUUUACAUAUCAAGGAGUUAAGUGAUGUUGACUCAAUUGCAAAGAGAAUGAAAUACCUUGCCGAUAAUCCUGAAGCAUAUAAUCAGUCAUUAAGGUGGAAGUAUGAGGGCCCAUCUGAUUCUUUCAAGGCUCUUGUGGAUAUGGCAGCGGUGCACUCAUCUUGCCGACUUUGCAUUCACCUGGCAACACAGAUUCGUGAGAACGAGGAAGUGAGCCCAGGGUUCAAGAAACGACCUUGCAAGUGCAACAGAGGCUCAGAAACUGUGUAUCACUUGUAUGUAAGAGAAAGAGGAAGGUUUGAGAUGGAAUCUAUUUUCUUAAGGUCUGGGACUCUGACUCUGGAGGCAUUGGAGUCUGCGGUGCUCUCAAAGUUUAACUCAUUGAAACAUGUGCCUAUUUGGAAGCCAGAAAGACCUGAAAUCAUAAGAGGAGGAGAUGAACUUAAAGUUUACAAAAUAUAUCCUGUUGGGUUGACACAGAGGCAAGCUUUAUAUAACUUCACAUUUGAAGGGGAUGCAGGCUUCAGAAGUCAUGUGGAAAAGAACCCCUGUGCAAAAUUUGAAGUCAUAUUCGUCUAGGUUAAUGACCUGCACAUUCAACUUGAGCACCAAGAUGCUGAUAUUCCGGCAGUUCUCCAAUUAAUACGAAGAGGUUGAGUUGAUUUCAUGAGCAUGGUCGUUUAACCAUCUUUACACACAGAAUUUGUUACAUGACAGACAGUUAGUUGUUUAAGGAAACAAAGUGACAAUUUAUAAGGCUUACUUGGGUAAGCCUGUUGACACAGCUGAUUGUGGAUCCUUUAGCAGACAGGAAAAUGUUAAAGCUUAGAUUCGGCCCCUUUGAUGGAGCAAAACAUGCCUUAGUAUUAAAUUUGUGCAAUUUCAGGGUUUGAUUAUAAAAAAUAGUUCCAUUCAACAAAAGAAAAUGUUCACAUAUCGAUAAUUCUUGGUUCAA